AUGACUCUCAUAGGUGUUGAUUUUCGAGCUCCACUUCGGGAUGUCAAACGAGUUCAAUUUGGUGUUUUAUCUCCUCAGGAAAUUCGGAAUAUGUCUGUUUGUGAAAUAGAACAUCCCGAAAUUUACGAUAAUGGUAAACCUAAACAGGGUGGACUUAUGGAUCCUCGUCAAGGUGUUAUUGAUAAAAGAGGACGAUGUAUGACAUGUGCUGGAUCCAUGAUUGAAUGCCCUGGUCAUUUUGCCCAUAUUGAAUUGGCAAAACCUGUUUUUCAUAUUGGUUAUCUUACAAAAGUAUUGAAAAUUUGUAGAUGUGUUUGUUAUUAUUGUGGCAUGCUUCUCAUUGAUCCUAAUGAUCCAGUUGCUCAGGAAAGAUUAGAAAAAACAAAAAAUAGUUUUAGAAAUAGACUAACAAUUAUAUAUGAGUUAUGUAAAGCAAAAAAUGUAUGUGCUGCUUCAGACUCGUUAGUAAAAGGUGAAGAAGGUGAAGUAACACGCGGAGACAGAAGAGUAUCAUGUGGUAGGUAUCAACCUAAUUAUCGAAGAACUGGUCUCGAAAUUUGGGCUGAAUGGAAGAAAUUAAACGAUGAUAAAGAAGAAAGAAAGAUACCUUUUACUGCAGAAAAAGCUAUGUCUAUAUUAGCAGAAAUUCCAGAUGAAGAUUGUUCUGUUCUGGGUUUAAAUCCACGUUUUGCAAGACCUGAAUGGAUGAUUGUUUCAGUUUUGCCUGUUCCUCCACUCUGUGUUCGUCCAGCAGUUGUUACUUUUGGAUCAGCAAGAAAUCAAGAUGAUCUCACACAUAAAUUAUCUGAUAUUAUUAAAACUAACAAUCAAUUAAAAAAAAGUGAACAAACUGGUGCUGCUAGACAUGUAAUUGAAGAAGAUAUUAAAUUACUUCAAUAUCAUGUUGCUACUUUUGUUGAUAACUCUAUUCCUGGUAUUGCUGCUGCUACACAAAAAUCUGGGCGUCCAUUAAAGUCUAUCAAACAAAGGUUGAAAGGUAAAGAAGGUCGUAUUCGUGGAAAUUUGAUGGGUAAACGUGUUGAUUUUUCUGCUCGUACAGUUAUUACACCAGAUCCAAAUUUACCACUUGAUACUGUUGGUGUUCCAAGAACAAUUGCUCAAAAUAUGACAUUUCCUGAGAUUGUUACACCUUUUAAUAUUGAUAAAUUACAAGAAUUGGUAAAUAGAGGUGAUUCUCAAUAUCCUGGUGCAAAAUAUAUUAUUCGUGAGAAUGGAACAAGAAUUGACUUAAGAUAUCAUCCAAGAGCUGCUGAUUUACAUUUGCAACCAGGUUUUAAAGUCGAAAGACAUAUGACUGAUGGUGAUAUUAUUGUUUUUAAUCGUCAACCAACACUUCACAAAAUGAGUAUGAUGGGGCAUAGAGUUAAAGUUUUACCUUGGUCAACAUUUCGUAUGAAUCUUUCUGUAACAACUCCUUAUAAUGCUGAUUUUGAUGGUGAUGAAAUGAAUCUUCAUUUACCUCAAUCUUUAGAAACUAGAGCAGAAAUUGCUGAAAUUGCUCUUGUACCAAGACAAUUAAUUACUCCACAGGCUAAUAAACCUGUUAUGGGUAUUGUCCAAGAUACACUUUGUGCUGUUAGAAUGAUGACUAAAAGAGAUGUAUUUAUUGAUCAUGAAAAAAUGAUGGAUUUAUUGAUGUUUUUACCAUCAUGGGAUGGUAAAAUUCCUCAACCUGCUAUAAUUAAACCAAAACCAUUAUGGACAGGAAAACAAUUAUUUUCAUUAAUUAUUCCUGGACAAGUAAAUUGUCUUCGUACUCAUUCAACACAUCCUGAUGAAGAAGAUAAUGGACCAUAUAAAUGGAUAUCUCCUGGUGAUACUAAAGUAUUAAUUGAAAAUGGAGAAUUACUCUCUGGAAUUAUUUGUUCAAAAACAGUUGGUAAAUCAGCUGGAAAUCUUAUUCAUGUAGUUGUUAUGGAACUUGGUCAUGAAGUAGCAGCUCAUUUUUAUUCACACAUUCAAACAGUUAUCAAUGCAUGGCUUAUUGGAAUAGGACAUACAAUUGGUAUAGGUGAUACAAUUGCUGAUAAAGUUACAUAUCAUAAUAUUCAAAAUACUAUUAGAAAUGCAAAAAGAGAAGUCUUAGAAGUUAUUGAAAAAGCUCACAAUGAUGAGUUACAACCAACUCCAGGUAAUUCUUUAAGACAAACAUUUGAAAAUCAGGUUAAUCGUAUUUUGAAUGAUGCUCGUGAUAGAACUGGUGGUGAAGCACAACGUUCUUUAACGGAAUUUAAUAAUCUUAAAUCUAUGGUCGUUUCCGGUUCAAAAGGUUCUAAAAUUAAUAUUUCACAGGUUAUUGCUUGUGUAGGACAGCAGAACGUUGAAGGUAAACGUAUUCCAUUUGGUUUUAGACAUCGUAGUUUACCACAUUUCUUCAAAGAUGAUUAUGGACCAGAAUCUAAAGGUUUUGUAGAAAAUUCAUAUCUUGCUGGUUUAACACCUGCUGAAUUUUUCUUCCAUGCUAUGGGAGGUAGAGAAGGUCUUAUUGAUACUGCUGUCAAAACCGCUGAAACGGGUUACAUUCAACGUAGAUUGAUAAAAGCUAUGGAAAGUGUAAUGGUUAAUUAUGAUGGAACUGUAAGAAACUCAAUUGGUCAAAUGGUUCAAUUACGUUAUGGUGAGGAUGGUCUUGCUGGAGAAUGGGUAGAAAAUCAAAAUCUUCCAACUAUUAAACCAACUAACAUAGAAUUUAAAAAGAGAUUUAAGUUAGAUGUUGGUAAUGAAAGAAUGAUAAAUAAAUGGUAUACUGAAAAUGUCAUUUCUGAUAUUACAUCUUCAACAGAAGCAGUAAGAUUGAUAGAAGAAGAAUUUGCUACACUAGAAAAAGAUCGUGAAGUUUUAAGAAAAAUCUUUCCAACAGGUGAUUCUAAAGUUGUAUUACCAGUUAAUUUGGAUCGUCUUAUUUGGAAUGCUAAAAAGAUAUUUCAUGUUGAUGUUAAUGAACCAACUGAUUUGUCACCAAUUACAGUUAUUAAUAAAGUUAAAACACUAUGUAAUAAACUUGUUAUUGUUCAAGGUGAAGAUUCAAUAUCUAAACAAGCUCAACAUAAUGCCACUAUUUUAAUUUCAUCACUUAUUAGAUCUGUUUUAUGUUCUCGAAAGGUUGCUGAAGAACAUAGACUUAGUCAAUCUGCUUUUGAUUGGGUUAUUGGUGAAAUAGAAUCUCGUUUUAAUCAGGCAAUUAUUCAACCAGGUGAAAUGGUUGGAGCUUUAGCUGCACAAUCUCUUGGUGAACCUGCAACUCAAAUGACAUUGAAUACUUUCCAUUAUGCUGGUGUAUCUGCUAAAAACGUAACAUUAGGUGUACCUCGUCUUAAGGAAAUUAUUAAUGUAUCGAAAAAUCCCAAAACUCCUUCAUUAACAGUAUUUCUUAAAGGUGCAGCUGCAAAAGAUGCAGAGUGUGCUAAGGAUGUUCUUUGUAAACUUGAACAUACAAAUUUGAAAAAAGUUACUGCUAACACAUCAAUUCAUUAUGAUCCUGAUCCAAAGGACACUGUUGUUGAAGCUGAUAGAGAUUGGGUUCCUGUAUUUUAUGAUAUUAAUGAAAAAGAUACAACCAAUUGUAAUCCUUGGGUACUUCGUUUAGAAUUGGAUAGUAGGAAAAUGACUGAUAACAAAUUAACAAUGGAAAUGGUAGCUAGUAAAAUUAAUGCUGGUUUUGGUGAUGAUCUCGAUAUUAUAUAUUCUGAUGAUAACGCUGAUCAACUUGUUGUUCGUAUUAGAAUUAUUAAAGGUAGUAGUUCUGAAAGUGAAGAUAGUGGACAAAUGUCUGAUGAAAUUUUAUUAAGAUAUAUUGAACAUAAUUUAUUGACAGAUUUAUCAUUACAAGGAAUUGAUGUUAUUUCAAAAGUAUAUAUGCAUAAACCAACAACAGAUGACAAAAAACGAGUUAUAUUGACACCUGAAGGUGGAUUCCAAAAAAUUAGUGAAUGGAUUCUUGAAACUGAUGGUACUGCUCUUCAACGUGUACUUUCAGAAGAAAACAUUGAUGCAACUAGAACAACAUCUAAUGACAUUUGUGAGAUUUUCCAAGUACUUGGAAUAGAAGCUGUUCGUAAAGCUAUUGAGCGUGAAAUGAAUAAUGUAAUAUCAUUUGAUGGAUCUUAUGUCAAUUAUAGACAUUUGGCGUUACUUUGUGAUGUAAUGACAGCAAAAGGACAUUUAAUGGCUAUCACACGUCAUGGAAUUAAUAGACAGGAAGUUGGUGCUCUUAUGCGUUGCUCAUUUGAAGAGACAGUUGAUAUUUUGAUGGAAGCUUCUAUUCAUGCUGAAUGUGAUCCUGUUAAAGGUGUAUCUGAAAAUAUUAUGUUGGGACAAUUAGCAAGAGCAGGAACAGGAUGUUUUGAUCUUGUUUUAGAUAGUGAAAAAUGUAAACUUGGUAUGGAAAUUCAAUCAAAUAUUAUGAUUGGGGGUGAUACAUACUUUGCUGGUAGUUCUGUUAUGUCACCAUCAACUUAUGCACAAUCUCCACAACAAACACCAUGGAAUAGUGGAGUUACUCCAGGAUGGGAAGGAGGUGCUGCUUGGUCACCACAUGGUAGUGGUGGAAUGACACCUGGUGGUGCUGGAUUUUCACCUUCAACUUCUGAUAGUGGAUUUAGUCCUAGUUAUGGUGGUGAUUAUGGAUCAGGUGGAUUUUCUCCAGUUGGUGGCAUGAGUCCAGGAGGAGCAUUAUCACCAAAAUAUGAAGAUGGAAUAGGUUCAGGAGGUUAUAGUCCUGCUUCUCCAAAUUAUUCUCCGACAAGUCCAAGUUAUUCACCAACUUCACCAAGUUACAGUCCUGGUGGAAUAUCACCAAUGUAUUCACCAACAUCUCCAAGUUAUUCACCAACUUCUCCAAGUUACUCUCCAACAUCUCCAAGUUAUUCACCAACUUCUCCAAGUUACUCUCCAACAUCUCCAAGUUAUUCUCCAACUUCUCCAAGUUACUCACCAACAUCUCCAAGUUAUUCUCCAACUUCUCCAAGUUAUUCACCUACAUCUCCAAGUUACUCUCCAACAUCUCCAAGUUAUUCGCCAUCAUCACCAGCUUAUAGUCCUGGAGGUACAUCACCAGCCUAUAGCCCAACGAGUCCCAGUUAUUCACCAACUUCACCAAGUUAUUCUCCAUCAUCUCCUGCAUAUAGUCCUGGUGGUACAUCACCAGCUUAUAGUCCUACCAGUCCAAGUUAUUCACCAUCUUCACCAAUUUAUAGUCCUGGUGGAACAUCACCUGCAUAUAGCCCUACAAGUCCAACUUAUUCACCUUCAUCACCAUCAUAUAGUCCUGGAGGAGCUUCACCUAUGUACUCACCUACAAGUCCAAGUUAUUCACCUAUGAUGAAAAAGAAAGAUGAUAUGUAUUAA